AUGGAAGGAGAAAAGGCAUGUGAGAAGGAUGGCAAGCUGCGCCCCAUGACGACCUCACGCGCGAUGUUUUAUGGGUCCUCCUCCACCAUGACUCCACCAUCCAAGAACCGGCUGAAGCGCCAGAGCCGGAUUUUCUCCCAAGUCUUAUACAGGACGCUGAGCUACAAGGACCGGAGCUCAGCCUCCGCUUCCCCGGCAGCCGGUGAGGAUGACCCGGCCGAACUCUCCACCCAGCUCUCAGCCCCUGGCGUCCUGAAGAUCUUCGGGGGCAACAUCUGCGCGGGCACCAACUACAAGAGCGUGCUGGCGACGGGCAGCUCGGGCGCGCGGGAGCUGGUGAAGGAAGCCCUGGAACGCUACGGACUGAGCCAGCUCAGCGCCGGGCAGUACGCCCUGUGCGAUGUCAUCGGGAGGUUCGAGGGCCCCGAGAAGCAGUGGCAGACGGAGGGGCUGAGGGUCCUGGGUGACCACGAGAAGCCGCUGCUCAUCCAGGACCUCUGGAAACCCAGGGAGGGUUUCUCGAGGCGGCUGGAGCUGCGCAAGAGGGCGGAGGUGGAGGAGCUGGCAGCCAGGGACGUGGACACCACCACCGCAGGCAUCAACGCCCAAGCGCGGAAACUGCAGCGGCACCGGGCGCGGGGGGCCCGGCGGCCGCCGGCGGGGGUUGAACGGCUCGGUCCCCCCCCGACCCUGCGGCGUAGCCUCAGCGAAACCAGUUUAGGCAAUCCGGCUGCAGCACCCACCGCACUGCAGGGAGGAGGGUCCCUUCUCCCCACCCUCCGGUUCAUGCCGCCUCUCCCCGUUUGGCAGGACAGCUUGGUUUACCUGCUGAACCGCGAGCAGCACACUGUGGGCCAGAGGACGCAGGCGAGCAAGCCCAGCAUCAGCCUGUCGGCCCCCGACAUCUUGCCCCUGCACUGCACCAUCAGGAAGCUCCGACCUUCCCGGCAUCGCUCAGAGGAGAAGCUGGUGCUGGAGCCCAUCGCAGGUGCCGGCAUCUCCGUCAACUUCGCCAAGGUGGCCCGGACGGUCGUGCUGCGGCACGGGGACCUCCUCUCCCUCGGUCUCUACUACCUGCUCCUCUACAAGGACCCCAUGAAAGCCCAGCCGCUGCCGGCACAGACCCUGCUGAGGCUGCGAGCCCUGCACCCCGCCGUCCCCGAGGGUCCCCCCGUCUGCAGGGCGUGUGGCAGCCUGCUGAAGGAGAGGGACCCCGUCACCAAAAAACGGGGUCCCUCACCUGCCGGCGGCCCCAGGGUACCCCGCAGAAAGCUGCUGCUGGAGUUCGAGCCGGCAGCCGAGGACGUGCUCCUUCGGCGCAUCAUGACCCUGAUCGAGCCGGGGGGGGACGACCACAAGCUGACACCCGCCUUCCUGCUCUGCCUCUGCAUCCAGCACUCAGCCACCAGCUUCGAGCCGGGUGACUUCGGGCAGCUGCUGCUCAAAGCGGCCAAAAUGAUCCAGCGGACGGUGUGGGAGCGGACACGGGAGCUGGCUGAGAAGCAGUCCCAGCACCAGGACCCUGCUGCCCUGUCCCACUUCACCAUCACGGACCUUCUCCCAGACCUGCAACACAUCCUCUUCUGGAUGGCCAACGCCAUCGAGGUCCUCUACUUCAUCCAGCAGAAAUCGCCCACCUACAUCCAGAGCAUGGAGGAGGAGCUGGACGUCAGAGGCUCCAAGGAGUCUCUGUUCUCCUCGACCAUCACAGCCAGCGAGGAGGCGAUGACGGUGCUGGAGGAGGUGAUCAUGUACACCUUCCAGCAGUGCGUCUACUACAUCUCCAAGUGUCUGUACGUGUCGCUCCCUGCCCUGCUGGAGUGCAACCCCUUCCAGAACGAGUGCCGGGAGAGCUGGCGGACGUCCCCACCGCUGCCCGAGGAGCUCCGCAGGGUCGUGCUCAUCUACCAGGCGGCACUGGACCUGCUCCGCCAGUACGAAGUACACCCGGAGAUCACCUCCCAGAUGUUCGCCUACCUCUUCUUCUUCUCCAACACCCUGCUCUUCAACCAGCUCCUGGAUAAGGGCUCCUCUCUCGGCUGUUUCCACUGGUCGCAGGGGGUGAAGCUGCGGGCCAGCGUGCGGCUGCUGCUGGAGUGGCUGCGUGGUGCCGGCUUCGAGCAGCUCGCCCAGCAGUUCUUUGCCAAACUCGCCAGCGUGGCCAACCUGCUGGCCAUGCCUGGCUCCCAGCUGGUCCAGAUGACCUGGCCGUCUCUGCGAGCCGAGUUCCCGGCGCUGAGCCCCGCGCAGCUCUACCGGGUGCUGAGCCAGUGCCAGGCGGUAAUGGAUGUGGGCUGCAUCGCAGCAUGGCAGCCCGGCGAGGAGGAGAACCCGGCCACCUUCCAGCCCGAUGACAUGCUGGAGUCCUUCGACAACCACCCACCCAUCGUCCUGCCCAGCGGGGGCUUCAAAGUGGACCUGGAGGUGGAGACGUUGGAUGACAACAUCUACCGGCACCUCCUUUACAUCCGCCACUUUCUCUGGAGCCUGCGGAGCAAGAGCCCCCACGCCAGUGAGGGGCCAGGCUCAGCACCCCCAAAGAAAGAGGCAUGCACGACGCCAGAUGUCCUGGAGGUGAGCGAAAGCCCAGCUGCUGCCACCCUGGGGAACACCAUCACGCAGGAGGACUACUGCUCCCUGGGGGGCUGCGCCGAGCCGGAGGGGAACCCCCCGCUCAGCCUGGCCACCAACGGCUGCCCCUGCGAGCACCCUGCUGGUGAGCCCCAGCUCCAGGAGAAGCUCAAGCAGCUGCAGCUGGGCAGGGGUCCAGCACCCAAGGCUGGCACAGCACCCACGGACCCCUCCUGCCUGCUGACGCCACCCACCACCCCCCUGAACUUCGACUCCGGGAGUCCGGAGUCCCCCCAGGGCACCGGCAAGGGGCUGCAGGACCCCCGGAGGAACGGGAUGAAUGGCACCAAAGGCAGCACCCCCGAAGGAUGCUCACCGACCCCCUAUGACUACCCCACGCCAGAGUCUUCCAGCCGCAGCUCUGCCACUGAUGAUUUCUGCUACGUCUUCGUGGUGGAGCUGGAGAGAGGACCCAUUGGGCUGGGGAUGGGGCUGAUCGACGGCUUGCACACUCCUCUCUGCUCCCCGGGGAUCUACAUCCGUACCCUCAUUGAGGACAGCCCUGCGGCCACCGACGGCAGGCUCUCCAUCGGGGACCGCAUCCUGGCUGUCAACGGCACCAGUCUCAUCGGGGCAGACUACCAAAGUGCGGUGGACCUCAUUCGCUCUGGAGGGAAAAAGCUGCGGUUUCUAGUUGCCAAGUCGGACAUGGAAAUAGCCAAAAAAAUCAGUUCCAGCUCCUCUUCCUCCUAG